AUGAAGAGCCAUCAACGUAUAGUUCAAGCCCAGUGCAUGAGCUUGCAAUGGUCAGGUCACGGGGGGGAAAAGACUCAUCGCAUGGCGGAACCCGCUAAUAACCCGCACCGCGGUUCUAAGCCGUUCAAGUCCCGCACCCACAAGCGCGGGCCAAGCCGGCUCUUGCGGCGGCCGCGCCUCCUCCGGCCGCGCGGAUUACUGGAUAACGCAUCGCCUGCCACUUUCCGAACGGCCCCUCCUCUCGCAGCCCCUCUUCCUCCGUCAAUGCGAUUUUCUGCCAAGCAACGACUUAUGGCACCCGAUUCGCUGGGGAUGCGUGCGACCUCUGCCGGUACGCGUAACAACUUCACCGAGCCAAGCGACGCAGAAAAGUAUCGUGAGGCCCAGCCUCUUGACAACAAAGACGGUGGCUGGCGUGGCUGCCAGCUACGGUUCGGUUGGCCGCCCGGAGACUGGAAGCUGUGCGGUGCAGCACCCGGUCAAGCUGGUUACCGUAUCCCGACCGUUCGGCAGUGUGGUUGGUUGUUCACCCAACUUGGAAUGCGAAAGCGAGGUGACCUGAGAUGAACGACAACCACAACCCAAUUGGGACGAAGAAAGAAAGAACGAGCAUAUCACCCAAACGUCACAAGGAAAUUAAGACAAGCAAGACAAGGAAAAUGCAAACGCCGAUAUAGGAGCCAGCCAUCGUAUCAGAAGAAAACAAAAGGAAAAUAAAGACGAAUAACAAUAAGCAUUGGUGACUACAAAGAACCACUGCCGGCGUCAAAGGCCACGCCGAAACAAACAAUGCCUGGGCUCACAAGCGAUCUGUCAAACCACUGUGCUGGUACCAUAGUCUGCAGGUCUAAUUGUGAGGCUUCAGCGCAAAUCAAGAACCUUGGCGACGACCAC